UGGAGAUCGGUUGAAGUUCUUCCCCCACCGGCCGGGGCAGAUGGCGGCACCGCGGACGGAAUGUUUGACAGGCCAGCCGUUUACUCAUUGAAAAGCCAUGUGCCUCCGCUGAACUACAGUGGUCUCAAUGGCAAGUCGCUCUUUUGGCAGCAGUUGGCCGCCUCAUACCGGUAUCUUCCGGAAACCUCCGCCUUCAUCCAAUGCGCUCAAUCCAGGUGGCGGAACCACUCGGAUUGCAUGCCCGCCGUGGCCAUGCGAAGAUAUCAGGAGUAUUGGGCCAAUUUGAGGGCAGAGGAGUAUGACAUUUGCUGCCAGCCAAGCAAGGCGGACAAAUGCAAGGAGCCAAAACUGAAGGAUGGUCUACCACUCUGUGGCUUUCCCUUUGGUUCGGUGGACCAUUUACCUGCCUUUCUGCCGGAGCUCCAACUCAGCUUACCCUCAGGACCAUUGCGCCUGUUGCAGGGGAUUGGUGAUGAGGAUCUCUACUGCAACAACUCCAAGUGCAGAGUCUUCUUUGGCAGUGACUUGGAGUCUCGCUUGCUUUGGUCUACUGCCUUGGCUGUCUAUGUCGAUUUGCAGCUGGGGAAGGAGAUCGUGGAGUCACGUUCCCGACCUCGGGCAGUCGAUCUGGGCGCCGGAGUGGGGCUGACCUGCCUGGUCUUAAUGAGGCGUGGGGUGGACGUGGCCUGUACCGAUGUGGACGACGCGGCGUUGAUCUUGAGCUCCCAAAACGCGGCGGCCUUCGUCGCGGAGAGCCGGCAGAAGCUUUGGCAGUAUGGAAGCUUGAGGGUGCUGCGCUUCAACUACUCCAGCGGCAAAGACACCUGGAGAGAUCAAGGGGUGGUGCCACCUUAUGAUGUCGUGGUGAUGGGAGCCUCGCCGCAGGGAGAGCUGCGGAAGAAUUUGAACUUCUAUGCCAAGCUCUUCCGGGAAUUGGGCCAUCCUGGCACCCGGGUCUUUCUUGAGGACUCGCAGAGGUGUGAAAAAGGAUGUGUCACGCCCGUAGGUUCGAGACCCCCUUGAGGCACAUGGUUUUUGGGGAAGCACCAGCAGAAGGACACGCUCAUUGAUGGCAAUCACGACUUUGUUCCGAGCAUGGAGGGCCCUCAAAACCUUUUGGAUCAAUGUCCUGUCUCCACGGCCGUUGACACAUGCUGCUCAGAGUAGUUUGGGAGAACAGCUGGGAAAGAAGUAACAGCACGACACCAGGCGAUUGGAAACGGGGGUUUCCGGACACAGGCAACAGGGCCGCGGUGCCGCGGAACCUCGGUGGGGUUGGCCGUUGGGGAAGGUCCUAAGGAACAGAGAACUCGCGCAGAUGGCGCAGAUGGCGCAGAAGAAAGGUGCCAAGGUGCUUGCGCUUCUUCGGAAAAACGUGCAAUGCAUAUCAAGAAACUCUUCAUUUGGCUAAGUUAGACUCAAACAAAACACAGUACUCACCUAAGAGAGGACCAUGUUCAAAUUCCACUGGUGCAUCAAUCUAAUGCUUCGUCUUCCGGUCACUAGGGCUCAUCAAUGGCUCCCACUCGAUAGGAUUCAUCCCAGGAAAUCCUGACCCUCCCUCCAACAAACAUGGAAGAGGACAAACCCGCAGCUCAGCUUGUAGAGGAAAAUGGUCUGUCCGAGGGGCAACGUCCAAUUUCAUGAUUGUUUCAGGGAGUGCGCUGGACUUCCAGGGGGGUAAUGGAUGGUGUUGGAUUCGCGGCUUUCGCCAGCAGCGAAAGUGACCCAGGACCAGGGGCAUCGCGAGGUCACCUGUGCCGUACCACCGGAUUUGGAGGCCUCCCGCGCCUUUGCGCAGGCGCGUGACGGAAGUAAAGGCAAGGGUUUGGGCGCAGAAAGGUCCAUCAAGGAGUUUCUUACACGUUUGCAUCCGUGUGUUUGGUGCGAGCGCCUCGUUCAUCAGCGUGCCGCGUUCCUCACUGUUUGCAUACAAAUUAUGGUGGUGGAGUAAUCAACUACGGUCCAUGCGGUUGGUUUGUGGGGGUUUGGGGUGCAGUGAAAGAGUGACUACCGCGUACGCCCUGUGGAGUGCAGGCUAGCAGUGCUUUUUAUGUGGGCAAGUCUUUGUAUGUCCCUUGAGCCGUGAGCCUUAAGGAAGCAGAAUGAUUACAGCUGCACCUGCAUAGAGGGAGUGUGCUAGUACAAAGUCCGAGGACAGACCCACACAACAUGGCGGGCUGGAGCAAUCACUUCCAUGCCUGAUGCUUCCGCACAUGGUUUUAACGUCGAUGUCUCAUGCUGCCGCAGACAUGGUCCAGUCUUUUGAAAGCCAGCCACCUAAUUAUAGGGCUUGUGCAUACGAGACACAUCUGAUUUUUGAUUUGUUGUUUUCGACUUCCAGCAAUGAAGUUCAAGGAUGUAGCUGUGGUCCGUGCGGUCUGUGCGUUGUUGCUUUGUGUGUGCGUGUCGUUACCACAGUUUUUCCGUGUGGAUCUAUCAAGGCCAGUUCAGAAGACUCACCAAGGAGCCCUCGUACAGUGCAAUCGGCCACCUGUGCUGCAGACACCGCCAGUAGCCGCUGAAAGCAAACAAGGCCAAAAAUACCAACAUGUGUCAUUGAGUGGGAAUUGCCACCACUUGGCGUUUGAAAUGUGAUGAACAUACGAACGCAACGCACUCCUACAGGUUCGCCUACUAUAAACUUGCCGAGCCUUUGGCCGUUCUUGCCCCCGAGCGGCCCUUGGUUUGUUCUGCUAUAUGGCAUGGGCCGCCAAUACACCCGUCAAUAUGUUGGACAGCAGGGACACGCUCCGAAGCAGCGGGCAUUGGUCGUUCUGGAGCUCGACAUGUACUUGAAGUAGAGACCGAUAUGUGAUCAUUGUUCAUCAUGUGUCAUUUCAGUUGGUGUCAAGACAUGAUAGGCAUUUGAGGACUGAAUUUUGCUCAGGGGGUGCGGGUUCCGACCCGCGGAUUCUAACAUCCCCCGAAGUUCGACCGUUCGACCCGUUCGUACCCGAACUAAACCCGUGGCGUGCGCCAAAGCGAGCAGCUUGGCGUUUUUAACCGUCAUCCCCUCCUUCUAAUAUGCAUUCAAAACUGUUCUUCACGAUUUGCAUGUUAUACUAGAAGAUGCGUUCCCUCAAAAUACAUGUCUAGUCAAGGGAUGAAUUACUUACAAAGUUGGACACCCCCCUCAACACCACACCCGUCAAUUAUCAUUAGGACUGAAUGUCACAUUCGAAUACAUUCGGUACACCUUGCCAUAGUCUAAUUAGGGUGCCUUUCAAGCGUUUGAUUUACAUGUAUUUGCAUUGGUUGGCGGCGGGCGUAUUGUAGACUGGACCUAAAGAUGCCAAAGGGGGUGAGAUUGACAGAGGGCAAGCUAUGCCUCAUGCAUCAAAAGAAAGCAAUAUUCAAUAGGAGGCCAGGCAGAACUGCAAUGGCGGGGGGUGUUGGAGGGUUCAUGCUUCAAAGGCCCAUUGUUUAAAGUCCUAAUUUCAAAGUCGCCGAUUGGAAUUUGGAGGGCUGGAAGUAGUCUUUCUGUAUUACAGUGAGCUCAGUUUGGAGCGUUGUCAGCACCAAACAUCACCGCAGCACGCACAUUUUUGUAGACUGAGGAUUUUGAUGCUCAUGUUGACCCAUUCCAUAUAAUUUGCGCUUUUCACUGGCUGCAAUUUUCCUGUAACUGUAGUACUCGUAGUAUAAGUACUCCGAGCAGUGCUUCUGGCAAGUGAUAUGUUUCAAUUGCUUCGACUUGCUUGAAGCUUGUGAGGUGGGCUUGCACAUGGUUGAUAUUUUUGACCCUCUUGAAAGAGGGCUUUGGCCUUUGCCUCGUGGCAGAAUAUAUGCAUUGGUUUUGCAAUAAAAACGUAUCAUAAAAUAAAG